AUAAAGUGUAAUUUUUGCAGUUCUGACAUUUUUUUAAUAUUGUAACAAAAAGUGUCAAAAUUUAUAUUGAGGAAAUGUUCAUUAAAAUAACUUUUUUUGCCCUCAUUUUCUACUCUUCUGGCUUGAGCUUCAUAAAUAAAGGUGUCAGUUCGGCUUUUGGAGAAACAAAAUGUUCGCCGUGUCCUUCUUGUCCACCAUGCAAUUCAUGUCCUACUUGUGCACCACGCAAUUCAUGUCCUCCAUGUCCUACUUGUGCACCAGGUCAUGUACCAUCACCACAAUCAUGUAAUAAUUGCCAGUCAGAAUGCGAUAAUAUAAUACCGCUAGAGGAUCAAGAACGAAAUUCUGCCCUGGAAAAUAACAGAGUGCGAAGAACAAUAUUUCCUGUCGACGUUCCUCCUCCUCCCCGUCCUCCUUAUCGUCCUAAGCCCUGCCGGUCCAAAAAGAAGUGCAAAAAAUGCAAAAAAUGUCCUAAGAAACGAUCAUGUAAAUGCAAAAAAUGUGAUUGUCAUUGUAAACCUCCACAUGGGGCUCCAGCCCCAUUCAAUGGCUAAUAAAAUUGUAGCUGUUAGAGUAAAUGUAGAUUCACCAAUCAAUGCAAACCUGAUAAACUGGAGGCAUCUGUUUCUAAACAUGUGCAACAGAGUAGUUCUUGAAGCAUCAUCCUAACGAAUAGAAGACUAUUUUUGUCUUUCAAAAACAUGUAU